AUGGUUCUUUUGCGACCUUCACAAGAUGAAGUUUUAUAUCUUUGCGGUCCUGAAUCGACAGUUUCAGCUUCUUCUACGGAUUCAUUCUACUUGAAAAAAUAUGGUAUUGGUGUUGUUACAAUUCAGUCCGAUACUGCUAAUGGAAUGCGAGAGAGGAAAGAUAAAUUGAUUAUGGGUUGUGACAGAGGAGAAAAUUACAAAAAGAAAAAUGAAUAUGCGAAAUCUUAUGAUGGCAAUUAUACUAUGAAGGUUAGAUGCCCAUUUAGGUUGAGAUCUGUUCCAAGUAGUAUCGAUCGAAAGGUGAUGGUUAUAUGCGAGAUGCAUAAUCAUAGACUAAAUAAGGAUUUGGAAGGUACAUAUUGGACCGUCUGA